AUGCGAUCGUGUAAGACGGUGGCAUUACGGGGAACAUGUGCUAUGUUCGGCAACCGUUGCUGUUCCUUGCUUCAUCAUCAUCGUUUACUCCCGAUGGAAUUAACAUCACUCGUACCUUCAACUCUAAUUAUUUUAAUAACUGUCAUCAUUGGUACUCAGGUGGAGGCUAUACAAUUUGCCGAUCCAUUUCCAUCAUCACCAUUCUCUACGAUAAUAUCUUCAAGCCAGCAUGGUUCAAAAACUAUUUUAGCUGGGAUGCGAAUACGACGAAAUGCUAACAAUUAUCUUACCAAACGAUUGCAUGAUAUAAAAAGAGAUAUAAAAUUGAAUGAUUUACAAGCCAACGAUAUUCGAAAUGAGAAUGAUAUAAUAACUAGUCAAAGAUUCAUGUAUAACGAUGCAUCAUUGAUUGAUCGAAGCAUUCAAACCAAUAGGGAUCAAUUUGCAGGAUUUCGAUUCUCGGGUCAAACUGCUACCAUUGCGAGAAAUCAGCAACAAGCGUUGCAAAAGAAACCAAACCUACUCCAACAAGCACAAAAUAUAACAUUAACUAAUUCUCCUCUGACACAAGUUCAUUCACAAUUAAUCCCGUCAAAUUUUUCAAGAUUAACAAAUCGACAAGAUUGUAAUGGUAGCGAUUGUUUGAAAAAUAAUGAUGCCAUAUCAUUGUAUAUACCGCGGGAAAAUAACACAAAUGAUGGGCAACUAGCACCAUUGCUUCUGCUAAGCAACAAUCCCUCCAGCAGUAAUAAUAGGAAAAAUCAUAAUCCACAAGUGGUUAGCACGCUGAAACUUCCUCAAUUGCAAACUGGAAUUAAGAUACUGGGACCGGAUGUUCAGCAGCCUCAAAAACCAAUUCCAUUGUCUCCGAUAGAUACUUCUUAUCACGUUUCACAAACAAAUCCAAAGAAUCAUAUCGAAUAUGGCAGUGUGAAAUUACCCGAAGUGGGACCAAUACCACCGUUUGCUGGUGGUGCCGAAUUGACGGAUUUCAUACAACCUGUUGAUACUGCAAUGCAAACCCAUCGUGUAUAUGAAAAUAUCAUUCCAAAUCAUAUUUCAACUGCUGCUUACUACGACAAAAAUAAGCAUUAUUUGCGAUCAGCCUCUGGAAAUCGCGGUAUUUAUGGUGAUUUUCAUUCAGCACCGUUGGUACAAUUCGGUCCAAAAUUGGGAAUUUAUGAAGAACCAGUAACCUUUUCAUCACCCUCUUCUGUUUAUUCUACUUAUUCUACAGAAAUUGCGGAUGAUCGAACAUCAUCGUCACAUUAUGAAUCACAAUAUAAUUUACAGUCGGUAAGUUUUAACUUCAAUGAAUUAUUCGAUCAUUUAAUUACUUGUUUAACUUUCAUUUUUUCAUCUACAAUGUAUAAUUUUAUAAUAUGUUCACUUACUACUGCAUGCUUUUAUUUUAGUAAUUAA